UUUUGUCUGUACAUGCUAGGGCCAAUAUCUAAGUCAACAACAGUCCUUAAAUCUGUUAAGACCAUACGCCCAGCGACAAAGAGACAGCGAGGGGGAGCGUGAUUAGUAAACUUGACAUGGCGGCGACCGGACCAUGCUUCUCCGUUGCCGGAUUUUGCCCGGCGUUGGUCCGUUCUUGCUUAACGCCAUCGUCAUCUUCAUCUGGUAAAAUGAAAUCGAAUCCGGUCCCAAAUCUGACACGGCGAUUUGCAGUUUCGACAGAGCAGGUACAAAUAAAAACGGAAGCAACGACGACGAGUUUUCCAGAUAACGAAAGGUUGAAGAUGGAGCGCUUAGAAAACGAAACACAGGAGAAGAAAAUUCCAUUGCUUUGGGAAUUGGCGGAAGCUGAAAAGAAGCAUAGAAAGAGCAUGAAGGAUUACUUUGAGGAGUCAAAGGAUUUGAUCAGAUCGGACGGUGGUCCACCACGGUGGUUCUCUCCGUUGGAGUGUGGAUCUCGCUUGGACAAGUCUCCUCUCCUCCUCUAUUUACCUGGGAUUGAUGGUGUUGGACUAGGACUUAUUAAGCAACAUUAUAGUCUUGGAAAGAUUUUCGACAUAUGGUGCUUGCAUAUUCCAGUUAAGGAUAGAACAUCGUUUACAGAGUUAGUGAAGCUGGUUGAAAGAACAGUUAGAUCAGAGAAUUGCCGAUCACCUAAUAGACUAACAUAUCUUGUUGGUGAAUCUCUGGGAGCAUGCCUCGCAAUAGCUGUUGCAGCCCGUAACCCGGAUAUAGAUCUUGUACUUAUAUUGGCUAAUCCAGGAACAUCAUUUAAGAAGUCGCAGCUGGAACCUCUUAUGCCUCUACUGGCCCUCUUACCUGACCAGCUCCAGCUUGGCCUUCCUCAUAUUCUGAGUUUGAUGACAGGUGAUCCUUUGAAGAUGAUGAUGGAUAAUGUGACAAAGGGAGUUCCUCUUCAGCUGACAGUUGAAGAAUUGUCACAAGAUGUGGCUGCAAUGUCAUCUUACCUUUCUGUUAUGGGUGAUAUCUUGCCUAGAGAAACGCUUCUCUGGAAGCUACAUUUGCUUAAAUCAGCUUCAGCAUUUGCUAAUUCACGUCUUCAUGCUGUGAAGGCUCAAACACUGAUACUUUCCAGCGGAAAGGAUCAGUUGCUACCAAGUCAAGAGGAAGGUCAAAGACUCCAACAUUUGCUGCCAAACUGUGAGAAUCGUUUGUUUUCUGACUGCGGUCAUUUUCUUUUAUUGCAGGAAGAUGAAGUAGAUUUGGCGACUAUUAUCAUGGGUACUAAUUUCUACCGUAGAGGAGCAUACCAUGACUAUGUUUCAGAUUACGUGCCACCAUCCCCUUAUGAAUUCAAAAAAAUAUAUGAAUCAGUCAGGUUGAUAAGGCUUGCUACAAGCCCUGUGAUGCUCUCAACUUUUGAAGAUGGGAAGAUAGUUAGGGGUCUUGCUGGAGUUCCUUCUGAAGGACCAGUCUUGUAUGUUGGCUAUCACAUGUUACUGGGUUUUGAAUUGGCUCCAAUGGUGUCCCAAUUUUUUUUUGAAAGAAAUAUUCUUCUGAGGGGGAUAGCACAUCCUUCCAUGUUUAGGAGAUUGAAAGAAGGGAGGUUACCUCCAAUGUCACAAUAUGACAUAUUCAGGAUAAUGGGUGCAGUGCCUGUUUCAGGAACCCUUUUCUACAAACUUCUGUCUUCCAAGGCUCAUGUGCUGUUGUAUCCAGGAGGCGUGCGUGAGGCCUGUCAUCGGAAGGGUGAAGCAUACAAGUUAUUCUGGCCAGAACAUUCUGAGUUUGUUAGGAUGGCAGCUAGGUUUGGAGCCAAAAUUGUGCCAUUUGGUGUUGUUGGAGAAGAUGACUUUUUUGAAGUAUUUUUUGACUAUGAUGACCAAAUGAAGGUUCCUUUCCUUAGGGAUUACAUAAUAGACAUAGCGAAGGAGUCCAAGAGUGUGAGGACUGAAGAAAAUGGUGAAGUGGGAAACCAAGAUAUGCACCUUCCAGGAGUCCUACCAAAAUUUCCUGGCAGAUUCUAUUAUUAUUUUGGGAAACCAAUUGAAACACAAGGGAGGAAGGAAUUAAAAGACAGAGAGAAAGCUCAUGAAUUAUACUUAGAGGUGAAGUCAGAAGUAGAGAAAUGCCUUUCUUUUUUAAAGGAGAAAAGAGAAAGUGAUCCUUACAGGUAUCUAUUGAGUCGUCUAAGUUACCAGGCUAUGCAUGGCAUUACUUCUGAAGUUCCUACAUUUGAACUUUGAUUGUUCUGCACAUUUGAAGAUUGAUUAUUUUCAGCAUCAGCGAUAGAAACAGAAUAAGGAUGCUUAUUCUUGAUAGGAUGAUUAUUUGAUCACAGAAUCUAUAUGUGCAGACCAACCGCAAAGAAGGUUGGUGGGUAGGAAUGUACCAUGUGUAAUGUAUGUAACAAUUAUCUAAAAUUAUGUAUAAAUUAUAUAUUUGGCUGGAUUAUUGUGAUGUUGGCAUCCAUUCCACUGCUGGAUUCAUUUGAUUACUUGAUGAGUAAUUGUAUCACAGUAAUCAAACAGAAUGUUAAUUCCAUUAAAUGUAGGCAAUCUUUGAGAUC